GAGACGGACAAACCAUAGAGUUCAGUUUUGAGAUUUAUUUCAGUAAUAUUCAUUCGAUUUGAUUCAUAUAGUAGCCUUAAUAUAACUGGCAUUGUUCUGGAAUAUGAGGAGUGUUGGGAUAUUUCUCUGCAUCGUAUUUGUCUCCUUCCCUGUCCAUGGAACGUAUCGACACGGCCAAACUCGCUGCCAGUGCAAUGGGAAGGCCCUGUACUGUGUCAAGGACGCAGAGGGGCUGCGCUGUCUGAAGUGCACGGGGAACACUGAGGGGCGGCACUGUGAGAGUUGCAAGGAGGGCUUCUACCACCAGAGGGCAGGCCAGAGCUGCAUCUCCUGCAACUGCAGCCCUACAGGUUCGCUGGGUCCACAGUGUGACAGCGAGGGUCGCUGUAGCUGCAAAGCGGGCUUUACGGGGGAGAAGUGUGACCGCACGCCUUCCAAUUUGAAAUGUGACAGUCAGGACUGCUUGCCUUGCUUCUGUAAUGGACACUCAAAUGACUGUUCUAAAGCAGCUGGUUAUUCUGUCCAUAACAUCACCUCAUCAUUUCAACAAGAUGAUGAGGGGUGGCAUGUCGCUACUGCCCAGGGUGUUACCCCACCGAACGUUCAUUUCCGCUGGUCGCGUACUCAUGGAGACCUAGAGGCCAUCUCCAAGGACAUCUUACCCAUCUAUUUCUAUGCCCCAUCCUCAUACCUGGGCAAUCAGGCCCUCAGCUAUGGCCAGACCCUGUCUUUCUCCCUCCGUCUGGACAGAGGGACACGCCGUCCCUCCGUGUCUGAUGUGGUACUGCAGGGGGCUGGACUGAAGGUGUCUGCCUCUCUGGGUGACUUGAGGACGGUGUUGGCUUGUGCCAAGAAAAUCACCUACACUUUCAGACUGGAUGAGAAGCCUGGCAGCAAAUGGCAGCCUGAGCUUUCAUCCCUCCAGUUCCAGAAACUCUUGAGCAACUUAACCGCCAUCAUGAUCAGGGGGACGUUUGGGGAAAAUGGACGUGGUUAUUUGGACAAUGUGAGUCUUGUGUCUGCUCGUAAGGGCACUGGCGCCCCCGCAGGCUGGGUUGAGAAGUGCAACUGCCCCACAGGGUAUGAAGGGCAAUUCUGUGAGAGCUGUGCCCCAGGGUACAAGAGACAUUCCUCUGACAGCAGCCCACUCAACACCUGUGUGCCCUGUGCCUGCCAGGCAGGAAGCUGCGAUCCAGAGACUGGAGAGUGCCUCUCAUCUGAUGACGAGUCCCUCGGGCAGCCCUGCCCGACUGGCUCCUACAACGACCCGCAGAGGCCCAGUACCUGCCUGACGUGCCCUUGCCCUGGUGGCAGCGCGUGCUCAGUGAUACCUGGAACCCAGGAAGUGAAGUGUGACCGCUGCCCACGGGGGACCACAGGUUCUCGUUGCCAAGUCUGUGAUAAUGGGUUUUAUGGUGAUCCCCUUGGCGAGAGAGGUAUCGUGAGACCAUGCCAGCGAUGCCAGUGUAACGGGCACGUGAACCUCCGCCUGAUGGGGGGUUGCCACAGCAUCACGGGAGAGUGUUUGAGGUGCAUGAACAAUACCAGCGGUCCUUCUUGCGAAAACUGCCUGCCAGGCUUCCACCACAGCAACCCCAGAGACACAUGCAAAGCCUGUGGCUGUGAUGCCGUUGGCUCCUACGCUCAUGAAUGUAGCGAUGCCGGCCAGUGCGACUGCAGGCCCGGUUACGAAGGCCUCAGAUGCCUUCAAUCAUCAUGCCCAUCCUGCUUUGACCCGCUCAAGAGCAAGAUAGAUAACUAUGCUGGUAAGGUCCGUGAGAUUGAGGUCCUGUUCAAUAGUAUUGAGAACGGUGGGGUGCCUGUGAAUGAUGCUCAGAUGGAGACAACCGUCCGUGCAUUAGAGGAGGUGGUGGAAGGCAUGAAGAGGAAUGCAGAUAAACUCUCAGAGAUGGAGAAGAGUCUUGAGGAGAGGCUAAAUAUAGUCAGUGGGACCCAGCUGGAAGAGGACAGAGAGAUUCAGUCUUUGGCUAAAACCAUUGACGACAUCAAACUACAGGAGCAGCAGUACAGGAAACAAGUUUCUACCAUUCAGCAACUCGUUGAGAGUACAAAGCUAAAACUACAGCAAGCCAAACAGAAUCUUCGGGAAGCAGAGUUCCCCUCAGGUGAUGCUGCUGCUGGUUCGGACUCUUUGACUGGAUUAGUCCAGAAGGCCACUACACUUGCAGACAAGCACCAGGGGAGAGCAGAUUACAUUGAAAAGACUGCCAACAGUGCCCUGUCUGAUGCAGAGAAAGCCUUGAACAUGAUGCGAACAGCUAUGACAGGAGAGAACAAAGUGAAGGAACAGAUUGUCAACCUGAAGGCUCUAUACGAGAAGAAGAGCUCUGAAGUGAAGGCUAUGCAGAACGAGGCAUCCGGCGUGACCACUACGGCUACGGUGGAGAGUGACAUUGCAGCCGACGCUCUGAAGCAGAUCUCCUCUCUGGUGAUCCCACAGCCUCCCACGGAGGACGUGACUAAGCUGGCAGGCAGUCUGAACGUCCUGAAGAAAUGGAUGGAGGGGAACAUGACCGCAUAUGAGGACCUGCAGAAGGAUGUCGAUGCUGACCAGAGCAAAGCUGAGAGCCUCCUGGCCAAGGCCAAAGCCGCCCAGCAGGAAUAUGACAAGCUGCUUGGGAGGGCGGACGCUGCCAAAGCUGUGACCGACCAGGCUCUGGAGGACAUCAACGACAACAUGAGUGGCGUGGAGGAAGCCCUGGAGAAUCUACGAGGCUAUGAUGACAAAAUCAGUGAGAACAAAGCACUGGCAGAGGAUGCCAUCUCUAAGCUGCCAGGUAUCAGUGCCACCAUCAAAGACGCCGUUGACACCAAUACCCAGACAUUGUCAGUCCUGGACAGUGUGGACACGCCAUACAACGGAGCCUUGGGUACCAUCAGCACACUGGGGGAAAUAGUGACCCGUCUGGAGGGAAUGCCUGAUGUGGUCACUCUGUCCACGGAGCUGGAGAGAGACGCUGGUGUCCUCAGAGGGGAUGUGGACGACCUUCAGGACCGGGCGGACAACGUGCUGGACACGAUCAAAGAGGAUAGAAAAACAGCAGAGGAUGAGAGGGACACAGUGGUACAGGUUGCAAACGAUGCCAAAACUGCCUUAGACAAUGCACAGGGCACCAGAAGUGCUAUUGGAGAGACAUUCAAGACGGUCACCGACCUUCUAAAUGCUUUUGGGUCUACAAGUGGACCUGUGGAUCAGGAAAAGUUGGAUGAGCUCCAGAAGGCCGUCAACACUGCUACCACCACCGUGAACGGGCAGCUUCGGCCCCGGCUGAAGGAACUGGAGGAAAUUGAGGAGCGCCAGAAGAACAACCUCUCCAACAUGAGUGCAAGCAUCGACGCCAUCAUGGCCGACAUCAAGAACCUGGAGGAGAUCCGUGCCAGCAUCCCCAAAGGCUGCUUCAACGCGCCGCCCAUCGAGAGGCCCUGAGGAUCCUCAACCCCAUCCUCGCUACGGAGAGGCCUUCGGGAAUGUCCACCUGCUGCGUCAGCAUGUUACAAAUGCCUGGAGAGGGCAGAGUUAUUUAUAUGCACUAUAUUUUUAUUUUCUUUUAUACACUUUAUAUUUUUUGUUUUGUUUAACUUCUGUUGCUUUGUCGUGUAAGUCUGUGGAUGUGUAGUGUGUGUGGAUGUUAAGUUUCUGUGUGUGCCUGUGUGUGUGUGUGUGUGUGUGUGUGUGUGUCUGCGCUCCAAAUUCAGUGCCAUGUCGUAGGAAGGCCAACUGUGAAGUUCUGUGAAAUGUGCAUUAUCUAAAAUGACCAUCUUCACCUACUGUAAAACCAAAUCAAUUUUAAUCACUGUUUGCUUGUGUUGCCACUGUUGUUUUGCAAAACCACUCAGUAUUUAUUUUGCGUAUCAUUAAAGUGCGGACUUCUGGGAGAAGAUGCAUUUCUCAUUUCUCUUCUUUUUUUAUUUAUGGGAACAAUUUUAAAUAUAGCAAUUGAGUUCCUUCUUGGUGGUAUUUACCCAACCCGACACAUUUUGAGACAUAAACAGGAUAGGUGUCAAAUCUUGUGCUAUAAGGUAGGGGAUUACCCAGUGGCAGAAUAACCAAGCCUAUUUCACAUUACACAGCAUUAUGCGAAA